AUGGAUGGUCCAGCUACCAACGGCGAAGGAGUGCUUAACCCAGCUAAGCACCGACUUGUCGAGCAGGUCAUCAGAACACCAGGAAGACAACCCUCACCUCAGCCGACACUGCUAGGAGUUCCAGGAGCCUCACCCUCCAGCUCCAACGUAUCCCUGCACCGCACACUUGGUGCAGAUCACAAUGGGCCAGGCUAUGUGGCACCGAAAUUUGAAGGGAAGAAGGCUCAGAUGGAAGAGGUUAUGGACCUCAUCGAAGAGAAAGGCUUCCUACCCACCGAGUUCAUUGCCUCCGAAACAGAAUGGUUCUACAGCGCGUUGGGCAUUGAUGACAUGUACUUCUCCACAGAGUCCGUCGAGGCUGUCGCGAGUAAUAUCCUCUCCUUGUAUGCUGCAAAACUAGCAGCCUACGCUCGAGAUGACAAGAAGCUGGAGAUUCAACUGGCCAAAGAGGCGGCUGACCAUGCGGUCUAUAUUGACACGAGCAAGCCAGGCGUGAGUAUAAUCGAAGGUCCAAGAUACGAGCAGAGAAUCGACGAGAAAUAUAUCGACGGGUCUACACCUGCCCACAGCUUCCGUGUCGAAUCCUUCAGGUCCAACAACGCACUGCCCGAGAAUCCAGAUGAGUCGCUUCGCUGCUACUUUGUCUACCAAAGUCAGUUCAAGAACCCCAACCCAAGGCCGGACGAGACGGACCUGGAAGAGAUUGGCGAGAAGAGGUUCCUACAGAAGGCCACCAAGAACACAAAAGAGAUCUACCAGGAGAUCAUUACAUAUGCAGUUCAACGCACUGGUCCCGUCAUAGAGAUGUUUGAUAUGCAAGGUACAAGGGAGAAGAGACUAGUCAUUGCAUACCGACAAGGCUCCGCACUGGGUGUCUACAGCGCCUUAUCCGAUCUCUACCACUAUUACGGGGUUACAAGCUCCAGAAAGUAUGUCGAGCAAUUCUCCAAUGGCAUCACGGUCAUCUCGCUCUACCUCAAACCUGCGAGCGCCGACGUUACCAAACCUAGACACCCUCCCAUCGAAGCGGCCAUUCACCAGAUUAUCAAAGAAGUGUCUUUGCUGUUUUGCAUUCCUCAAAACAAGCUACAAGGACAGUUUGCUAGUGGCAACUUGAGCCUGCAAGAAAGUAUCUACGCGCACUGCGUCCAUAUAUUUGUGCAGCAAUUCCUCAACCGCCUUGGUUCCGAGUAUACCUCGCUGGUCGCAGCACUAAAAGGCGACAGCAAUACCAAUGCCGAGCUGCUGGCCAAGAUCAAGAAGCGACUUCGAACGGAGACUUUCACUUCAGAGUACAUACUCGAAAUCAUCAACAAAUACCCCGACCUGAUCAGGAAUUUGUACCUUUCAUUUGCAAAUACGCAUUAUGUUCAAACCCGGGGCGAACAGGACGACUUCAUACCAACGCUCAGCUACCUUCGACUGAACGUGGAACAGGUCCUUGACGACAGUAGCUUGUCGGAGUUGAUCUCCAAAACCGUCCACAAUGAGCACGAUGAAAUGGUCAUGCAGUACUUCUUGACCUUCAACCGAGCCGUUGUGAAGACGAAUUUCUACACGCCAACAAAGGUCGCCCUCAGUUUCAGACUCAAGCCAAGCACAGACUUCUUGCCGGAAUACGAAUAUCCUCAGCCAUUGUAUGGUAUGUUCGUGGUUAUUGGUUCAGAAUUCAGAGGCUUCCACCUACGAUUCCGGGAUAUUGCUCGUGGUGGUAUUCGAAUUGUAAAGUCUCGCAACAAGGAACUCUACGCCAUCAAUGCCAGAACUCAAUUCGAUGAGAACUACAACCUCGCAAAUACUCAACAGAGAAAGAACAAAGACAUUCCCGAGGGUGGUUCCAAGGGCGUCAUCCUGCUAGAUUUCAAUCACCAGGACAAGGCUCGUGUGGCAUUUGAGAAGUACAUUGACAGCAUAAUGGAUCUCCUGCUGAAACCCACGAGUCCCGGUAUCAAGGAUCCAAUCGUUGAUCUUCACGGACAGGAGGAGAUCUUGUUUAUGGGUCCGGAUGAAAACACCGCUGAUCUGGUCGACUGGGCGACAGAGCAUGCGCGCGCCAGAGGUGCACCUUGGUGGAAGUCUUUCUUCACGGGCAAAAGUCCUAAGCUGGGAGGUAUUCCUCAUGACGCAUAUGGCAUGACGACGUUGUCUGUCCGACAAUAUGUGCUCGGCAUCUACCGCAAGUUGGGUCUUGAUCCAAGCAAGGUCAGAAAGCUACAGACUGGUGGACCGGACGGCGACUUGGGCUCAAACGAGAUCCUGCUCGGCAAUGAGAAGUACACUGCCAUCGUUGACGGAUCUGGUGUCCUCGUUGACCCUGCUGGCCUUGACCGUGCUGAACUGAUACGUUUAGCCAAGAAGCGGGUCAUGAUCUCGGAUUACGAUGUCUCGAAACUGUCGUCCGAAGGCUACCGAGUUUUGGUCGAAGAGUCAAACAUCACGCUGCCAUCAGGCGAAAAGGUCAACAACGGCAUGACGUUCCGAAACACUUUCCAUCUCCGCGACGGAUCUCACUAUGAUUUGUUUGUCCCCUGUGGCGGUCGUCCAGAGUCCAUUGACCUGUCGUCGGCAAACAAGCUGAUUGUCGACGGCAAAUGCACAAUUCCAUAUAUCGUUGAGGGUGCCAACCUCUUCAUCACUCAGGAUGCCAAGCUCCGGCUCGAAAAGGCCGGCUGCAUCCUGUACAAGGACGCCUCUGCCAACAAAGGAGGUGUUACUUCGUCUUCACUCGAGGUGCUGGCAAGUUUGUCCUUUGACGACCAAGGCUUUAUCGAGAAUAUGUGUGUCGGCGCUGAUGGCACUGUUCCGGAGUUCUACAAAACGUACGUCAAGGAAGUGCAAGAGACGAUUCAAAACAACGCCAGACUCGAGUUCGAAGCAAUCUGGCGAGAAAACGAGAAGACGGGCGUGUCACGGUCUCAACUGUCCGAUCAGUUGUCACUGGCCAUCACCAAGCUAGACGAGGAACUGCAGAAUUUCAAAGAGCUUUGGGAUAACAAGACACUGCGGGUGGCGGUCUUCAAAGAAGCACUUCCUAGGACGUUGCAAGCCAAGGUCGGCCUAGAGAAGAUUUUGGAACGUGUGCCGGAGAAUUAUCUCAAGUCUAUCUUUGGAAGUUAUAUGGCUAGUCGGUUUGUCUACGAGUACGGUGCGACACCGAGUCAGUUCGCUUUCUUUGACUUCAUGAGGAAGAGGAUGGCUGGGGCAAUUGGCAAUGGACAGUAA